GCAAGAAGCCAAAGGAACACAGCGCUUCGAGCUCGAAGCGAUUAUGCAGAAAGUUUGAGCAAAACCCCCACUUCCAUUCACUGUGAACAUCUCCGCUGAAUUCUCGGAGGAUCGAAUCCUUAGCGAUGGAGGAUAAACGCCGCGACGCUGGAAACCUAACGGUGGCGAGUGGCGAGCCGCAGACGGCGGAGCCGGGGUCAUCGCGGCGGAGGGGAGCGCCGAAGAGGAAGGCCAGCGGCCUCAACGCCUCGAAUUCCUUCGCUACGCCGUCGAAGCGGGCCACCCGAGAGAAGAACUCUGCGUUUAGUCCUCAGAUCCACAACGGCCCCUUGACCAGGGCUCGCCAGGGGCCCAGCAACCUUGGCCCCGGCGCUUCCCCGGCCGCCGGCGUGAAGGUCGAGGAGAAGGCCCCGGUGGUGUCGCAGGAGGUCCUGGAGAAGGAGGCGGAGAGGAAGGCGAUUGAGGAAUGGGAGGCGUUGGAGGCUUCCAUCGAGGCAGAGUUCGAGGCUCUUAGGUCUCGCGACUCUAACGCCCAUGUGGUUCCGAACCACUGUGGUUGGUUUUCUUGGACAAAGGUUCACCCUCUUGAGGAACGUGCAUUGCCAUCUUUCUUUAAUGGGAAGUCGCAGAAUCGGACGCCUGAAAUGUACAUGGAGAUACGCAAUUUUUUAAUGAAGAAGUUCCAUGGCAACCCCAGUGUGCAGCUUGAAGUGAAAGACCUGUCAGAAAUUGAAGUUGGGGAUUUGGAUGCAAGACAGGAAGUUCUGGAGUUUCUGGAGUACUGGGGCUUGAUUAACUUCCACCCAUUUCCUCCAGCUGAUUCUGCAAUGGUUGAUGCCAAUGGUUAUGAAACUGCACAGGAGGAUUCAUUGAUUGAAAAGUUGUAUCGUUUUGAGAGACCGGAAUGGUGUCAUCCCAUUGCUCAAAAGAAUAAUCUGGCCACUCCAGCUGUGAUGUCUGGGCUUUUUUCUGAAUCUACUUUUGCUGAAGAGUUGGUGAAACCUGAGGGGCCAGCUGUUGAAUACCACUGCAACUCUUGCUCAGCGGAUUGCUCACGGAAGCGCUACCAUUGCCAGAAGCAGGCUGAUUUUGAUUUAUGUACAGAAUGCUAUAGCAAUGGGAAGUUUGGGUCUGGCAUGUCGGCAUCAGACUUUAUUCUCAUGGAACCUGCUGAGUUACAUGGUGCGGGUGGUGGGAACUGGACUGAUCAGGAGACACUUCUUCUUCUGGAAGCCCUGGAGCUCUACAAAGAGAAUUGGAAUGAGAUUGCUGAGCACGUCGCAACCAAAACAAAAGCUCAAUGUAUAUUGCACUUUGUUCAAAUGCCUAUUGAAGAUUCAUUUCUUGACUGUGAUGAUGAUGUUGAUGCAACUCCCAAGGAAAAUCUAGAUACUGCUAUAAACAAUGAUGACUCCUCUGUUCAGAAAGAAGUCCCAGAAACAGCAGAGAGCAAGGCUAGUCCUGUGGAGGGUAAAGCACAGACCUCAUCUGGUGAAACUGCCAAACCUGAAGAUGCAAGUGCAACUAAGGUUGAAGAAAAUAGUGCAAAACAAGAUGCUAAAGAAGAUUUGAAGGUUGAUGAGGACAGUUUGAAGCCUGAAGCUGCAAGUGAAGUUAAAGUAACGGGAGAUAGAGAUGAAAAUCUUGCACUGAGGGCUCUUAGGGAAGCAUUUGAAGCUCUUGGUUAUGUUUCAACACCUGAAAGCCCUUUAUCAUUUGCUGAAGUAGGAAAUCCUGUCAUGGCUCUGGCUGGAUUUCUCGCACGAUUGGCGGGAUCUGAUGUUGCGACUGCAUCAGCCUGUAGUUCUCUAAAAUCCUUGAAGUUUGAAUCUCCUGGGAUGCAGUUGGCUCUGAAACACUGCUUUAUUUUAGAGGAUCCACCAAAUCACAAGAAGGAUCCAGCAGGUUCACAGAGUGUUGCCACUGAAAUGGCCAAUUUGGAUGCCCAGAAAGAUGAUAAGGAAGAAGAAGAUGCAAAAGAGAAAAAAGAUAUAGCGGGCAGUCACAGCGAUCCUGCUUCAGAGGUUGAUGCAGGAGCAACAAAAGAAUUGGAUUCUCCAACCGAACCUGUCGGCCAAAGUGAUCGGAAAGAAUCAUUGUCCUCCGAGCUUCCAAAAGACCAAGCGUCAGUUGCUGUGAAAGAAUCAAGUGAGGUGGGAAAAGAUGGAAAGGAAGGAGAGACACCUAACCCUUCAGGUGGGGAGAAGGAUGUAGAGAUGGUAACUGAUUCUCCAUCUGCAGUGAAAUCUGUGGAGUCCACAAAAGCAAAUUCAGGCAGUGAUCCCGCGGAAUCUACGAAGGUGUCAAGAAGUGAAGAUGAGGGGUCUAAAUCUCUGCCUACUGACAAGGAUGAGACUCAGCAUCCAGAUGCAUCAGUUGAGCAUGAGCCAGACAAUUCCAGAGUUCAAAAUGGAGCAACAGCUGAGAAUCAACAAAAAGAUGGGAAUAAAGAGAGCUGUGACACCGCAGACGAGAAAGAUGAUCACAAUAUUGAUAAAAUAAAGCGUGCGGCAAUUUCUACACUUUCAGCAGCAGCAGUUAAGGCGAAAAUUCUUGCCGAUUAUGAAGAAGACCAAAUUCGACAACUUUCAGUUUUGUUGAUAGAAAAGCAGUUGCAUAAGUUGGAGACCAAGCUGGCUUUCUUCAAUGAGAUAGAGAAUGUGACCAUGAGGGUCCGGGAGCAACUGGAUCGGUCGAGACAGAGACUUUACCAUGAGAGAGCACAGAUAAUCGCAGCCCGCCUCGGCAUUCCUCCCUCCUCGUCUAGAGUUCCACCACCAAUGCCUCCAAACAGAGUUCAGAUGAACAUAGGAGACUUAGCUCCGAGAGCUCCAACUAGCAUGCUGCCCCUAAGGCCACCUCUUGCGAGGCCCAUGGGAAGUUUGCCUCCGAACCCUAAGGUUGGAGGAUUAGGUUCAGCUCCACAGUCGGGACAAGCCUACCGCUGACAAAUCCUUUUCUGGACGUUCGAGUAAACGCAUACUCGUCAAUUCUCACAUUUUGAUUACUUGAUUAAAUUUAGCCAAGUGUGUCUCUGUUGCUAUUGGAGAAGAUUCGGAACGUAUUAUGGGCACAGUGGGAGCUCAAUUUUAGAAAGUUCUACUAACUGGUAUCUAACCUUGUACGUCUAUGUACUGAUGUUUCUCUGUAUGAUGAUGUUUGUUUACUGCUUGAAAGUAUUCGAUUUAGAAGUAAGAUAGUUCAGAGUUGCCUUCUAGCAUUAAAUCUCAAUCGGAUAUUGGAUUCACUUAAGUUUGAAUGAUGAAAAAGUAGUCACUACCCGCAUGUCUUCGUGGUGACGCCCUGAUAUUCCAAAUCUUUAUUUUUCUUGUACA